AUGGCCGGUGCAGCGAGUGUAAGGCGGGCCUUGACCCGCGAUGUGGUGGAGGCCCAAGUGGCCGCGAUCCGGCGGGACCGACCUUUGCCUCCAGCUUACCUGGUCCUGCGAGCUGCCGGCGAGGAGGGCCGAGACGACUACUCGGUCGCAUACCUGCUCCGCUGCCGCGAGAAUGGCUUCAUGGCUGCCGUCCCCGGCGUAGGCCGGGUCCAGGAAUACGUAGAGAGCUUGCUUUCGGAGGAGGGCGACUCGCUUGUGCUCUUCUACACGGACCAAGUGCAGGCCGAAACUGUUCGUGGUCGCCGGCUCGGGCCGGGGGAGGUCCUUCUUCUGGAUUUGCCGUGGUCUGCAGUCGACCAGCUGGUGGGCCCUCAGGCUUUGCGAGGCAUUGCCGAUCGGGCCGCGAGGGUUGUUACCUUGAGCGUCGCAGACUCUCCGGGCCGCCCUUGUACUGGAGACGCUUUGGAUGCAGCCGCUCGCUGGGUGGACCGAUUGGAUCCCGACACUGCUCAGGAGUACUAUGCCAGCGCUCAGGAAGUCGAGGAGGAGCUCCCGGAGGACAUCGACGGCGAGGAGUUGGAGGCAGACGAAGCUCCGGCAGCAGCUGCACCUUCACCGGCCCCGGCGCCGAGUUUGCGUCCCGUGCCACCGGUAGCUGCGCCGCCGGCUGCCGCCGCCUCGCGGAGGACGGGUGCUCUGUUCGCCUCUGCGCCGGCCCUCACGGAUCAAGAGAUUCAGCGGCUGCGCGCCUUGGCCGGUGCGGCCCCCGCUCGGACAGGAGGUGUGGAACGAACGACUCGCCCGGUCCUGGCCGACCCUCUGGAAUCGGAUCUGCAUGCCGAAGCUGCGGCGGGCGCCCUGCCCCCACCGGAUGUGGAGGACCCUGCCUUGGAGGAUCCAGGAGUGGCGGCCGAACUCCAGCAGGGGUCUUCGUUGCAGCUGCUGCUCCUGGCCCAGAUGCGGCAGAAUGCUGCCCUGAUUCAGCGGCUCUCUCCUUCGAAGGCGGCCGACGGCAUUCAGGAUGUUCUUUCCGGAGGUCCCAGCGGAGGCGACAGCAGCAGCGGAAUAAAGGGUCACCUUGCUCGGGAUGCUUUCCUUCGCCAGCUUCAAGACGCCAAGGGGGUGACGGCCCGAGUGCAAAACAACGCUCUGGCCGAGCUUGGGCUGGCUGCGGCCGAGCCCGGCCUCAUGAGGGACUACGUCGAGAAGAGGCUUCCGCUGCAGGACCAUCGCACCUUGUUGCAUGUUGCCACAAUGGCAGCACACGGCUGGGAGGCCGGCUUUCGCAGCGGGAAUCAGGAACUGAUGUCAUUCACCAGCCGUCUUUUGGUCUUCGCAGAGCAAGUGUCUCUCGACGCGGGAAAGCUGCAGUUGGGUUAUCUCUUGGGCGGCUUCCCAGACCCUUCACCGCUGGGGCUGGCGAGUCGGAGGGCCCCGGGCCUUCGGACCUUCAGCCGCCUGGCGGCUCCCCAGUGGCUUGCGGCAAACCUGGCCUACCUGAAGGACCUGGACUACGCCGAGACAAGGAUUGCCCAGCUAGGUACCGGCAGACCGCCGGCGGCUCCAAAGAGCCAACCUUCUUCGAGUGCCGGCCAGGACGCCACGGAGCAGGAGGAAGAGCAGCAGCCGCGAAGGCGACCACCACGUCGCCCGAAGAAUGCCUCAUAG